CUGCGGGAAGUGACGUCGGCGUGUCGUCAGCAGUGUGUGUGUGUGUUGAUGUUUUGUGGAAGGCUGGAGGACGGAAGGAGGGCCGGCUUGUUUUUGUUCUCCGAGCGAGAAAGCUCCCGGGGUUGGACUGGGGUUUCAUUUUUUUUUUUUUAAAGGGGAAAAAAGACAGAGGUAAAACGACGCCUUUGGAAAUCGCGAAGGGGCUACGCGCGGUCCACAGACAGGGGGGGCUGCUGCACAACACAGCGCACGUUAACGGCCACCGCUUGAAAGGAGGAAUCGUCGUUCCCCAGCCCCCCCCUGCGAAAGCAGACAACCAUGACGAUUCUUCCGAAGAAGAAACCCAGCUCGACAGUCGGGGUGCCUGACCACCCGGACGAGAGUGACCGGCGGAGCGGUCCGGACUCCCACCCCCACUCGCACCAGCACCCUCAUCCCCACACACACGGCGGCCGAGCCGGCGCCAGACCCAGGGCCUCCCCCGGCCGCGGGGAACUGUCAGGCGGCGUGGGGUGCGGCGCGGGGGUCGGGGUGGGCGCCGGAGUCGGGAGCUGUUGCUCCGGGCCCGGCCUCAGCAAGAGGCGGAGGCAGGCGGCCUGUGCCGGCGGUGUCGCCGGCGGAGGGGUUGUCGGAGUGGCCGGGGGAGGCGGAGGGGGACCCAGCCCGGACCCGGAGGAAGGAGCGGGAUACAACAGCGAGGACGAAUACGAGAACGCGGCCAGACUGCAGUCCCUGGACCCGGCGACCGUCGAGCAGCAGGAACACCGCUUCGAGAAAGCGCUGGGGGAAAAGAAAGGAUUCGUCAUUAAAAAAAUGAAGGAAGACGGAGCGUGCCUCUUCAGAGCGGUUGCUGAUCAAGUAUAUGGGGACCAAGAUAUGCACGAUGUGGUCCGAAAACACUGUAUGGACUACUUGAUGAAGAACGCAGACUACUUCUCUAAUUACGUGACAGAAGACUUCACUACGUACAUCAACAGAAAGAGGAAAAACAACUGUCACGGGAACCACAUAGAGAUGCAGGCAAUGGCGGAGAUGUACAACCGACCUGUGGAGGUCUAUCAGUAUGGCACAGAGCCGAUCAACACGUUCCACGGCAUCCAUCAGAACAACGACGAGCCGAUCCGAGUCAGCUACCAUCGCAACAUUCACUACAACUCUGUGGUGAACCCCAACAAGGCCACGAUCGGCGUGGGACUGGGGUUGCCGGCCUUCAAACCAGGGUACGCAGACCAGUCCCUCAUGAAGAACGCCAUCAAGACGUCCGAGGAGUCGUGGAUUGAGCAGCAGAUGCUGGAGGACAAGAAGAGGGCCACUGACUGGGAGGCCACCAACGAGGCCAUCGAGGAGCAGGUGGCCCGCGAGUCCUACCUGCAGUGGCUGCAAGACCAGGAGAAGCAGGCACGGCAGCCCCGGAAGGCCAGCGCCACCUGCAGCUCGGCGACCGCGGCGGCGUCCAGCGGGCUGGAGGAGUGGAGCGGGCGCUCCCCCCGGCAGCGCAGCUCCGCGCCCUCGCCGGAGCACCCCGACCCCCACCCCGACGCCGCGGCCAAGCCCCCCUCCCCCGCGGGCGCCGCCCUCAUGCUGCCCAAGCCCCCCUCGCCCUGCGCGCCAGGUCCCAGCAGCCAGUCGUGCGUGGGGGCGGACCGGGCCACCCCAUCGCCCCUCGUGUCCCUCUACCCCGCCCUGGAAUACCGGGCCAUCAUGCAGGAAAUGUCACCCACCGCCUUCGGACUAACGGACUGGGAGGACGACGAGAUCUUGGCCUCGGUUUUGGCCGUGUCGCAACAAGAGUACCUCGACAGCAUGAAGAAGAACAGCAUGCACAGAGAGCCCUCCCCGGACAGCAGUUGAUAAUCGAGGCCUCCGCAGCUGCAGCAGGAACGAAGUCGCCCAUCUCGAUCGUCUCCUGGUCUUCGCUUCCCCGCCCCCGUCCCCCCACACGCCUCCACAUUAUCGAACCCAGCCCCCGGCCCUUUCUAAUGCCUAGACACCAUCGGACUUAUUUAGGUGCAUGUUUAAAUAAACAGACAUCAAGGAGGAAAAAAAAAAAGAAAAUUGUAAUAAUGUCAUACUUAUCUUCUUAAUGAUUAAUAUAAUUUUUGUUUUAUUUUCUCUUUUUUGGGAUGAAAAAAUACACUUGUUUUUUUCUUGGAAUAAAAAAGAAAAGAAAACCUGUAUGAAUAAAACGUAUCAUUAUUUACUGAUGGCCGCACAGGGUUAUGGGGUUUUCAGGUGGCUUAACAGGACUGUCGAAUGCCCCCUUCCCAUGUAGAGUUCCCUCUUGCGUUAGUCACAUAGCCUCUAGAGCAAUGGCUCCCAAUCCUGGUCCUGGUGACACACACACCUGUUGGUGUUCAUUCCAGCCGAACCCUCAGUCACGCCAGCAAACCCCUCGUUGACUUAAUAAAAUUGAGAUGGAUGUGAACGGUUUGUUCCCAGCUCUUAAGCAUGUUGGACCUUUAACCAUUGUGUUUUGUAAGUGAAAUAAAAACUUCUGACUAGAAACAAAAGGCAAAGAUUCCAUUGAAGUGAAUUAAGUUAAGAUCAAGUAAGGCUUGGAUCAUCUAAUGAGCGUGGGCUGGAAUGAAACCCAGCAGCUGUGUGGGUCACCAGGAUUGGGAACCACUGCUCCAGACGCAGAGGUCAGAGGUCAGAUGUUUUGUAAAGUCCAGCACGAACCCUGCCCUGGAGUUGCCGUCUUGCUGCUCCAUGCUGUAAUCUCUGUAGUCCUUCGAGAGUCUCCAACCUCUCAACACUUGGAAAAACAACAGCCAGACUACAGAAACGAAGGGGGAAAAAAUGGUUUACAAUUUUGUUUCACAAGCAGUUAGAGGGCUGGUGGGUCAAGAAGUUGUCUGAGUGUAAAGAAUGGGCAAGGGAAGGGCUGGAAGAAGCUAGUAAAUUGUCUGAACUAGACGACCAUCAGUUGAUGUAGGUUAAGAGCCGAGCUGACACACUGGCCCCACCAGGAAAAGGACUGAACACCCUUGAAUUACAACCUGCCUGUGUUCUUUGCCAAGAGGAGAAUUUUUCCACAUCUUGGAAGCUUCCAAUCUUAGCCCUCUGAGACUGCACCAUAGUGGCUUCCUGGUAUAUUAGAAAUAUGGCUAUGAGCUUUCAAAGUUAAUCAGUUCCUCUGAGACCCAGGUGCGAUAACAUUUGAAAAGUCCUUCUUGUUGGGAGAGUGAAAUCUGAGGGCAUCUCUGAACUGGACAGGUAGGCAAGGCUGCAAAGCCCGUGUUAGGGGUGACGUGUUCCCUUGUUCCAGGCUUUGGAAACCCAGGAAUGUGUGUGAUUGGGGAGGUGUCAGCUGGGGCACACAGGUGGCUGAGCCCAGAGCCCUCCAUCAACUGCUAGAAGUAGUACUUCAUUUUGUUAACCACAAAACCACAGGAUUUCCUUAACAUUUUGUGUUCAGCAUAUCCUUCUGCCUCAACGUUACUGGGUGAGAGGUAACACAAUUGGAUUUUUUUUUUUGUGAAUGCAUGCAACUUCUAUAAAGCAGGACAGGACAUGCUCCCAGUUCAUAGUGUAUUCGCCUACAACAACAUCUCUGCACCUCAUCAGAAGUACUUCUGGGCCGCCCUGUUCUCGAAGCUGAAUGGAGUCUCCCGGCCCAGCCCAGGUAUGUGACUUCAAUGUGUGCAUGAUGCGCAAGCCCACCUGGGUGCUGUAAUGCUCUUCAUUUGUGGUUCUUUGGGUUUAGAUUUAACUGACGUCAUUGUGUUAAUGGGGUAAUGUCAAGGAAGAGCUGGGUUUGUGUUUCCAGGGCAACAGAAACCUCUCUUCACGUCGUGUUGUGUUUGUUCUUCCCUCAGCUGAUCGUGUUGAGGCAUCCAAGACGCCCUGCCACUCGCUCCGGGCCACAGCAGGCACCAGUCUCGUCGGUGCUCCUCAGCCUUUGGAUCGCUUUUCCUUGACACUCCCCUGACCCUCCCUCCAC